AUGCCGAAGACCUACGAGAAAACAUUACGGAGCAUUUCCAGUUCUUUAUCGAAAAACGAAGAUUUCGAUUCGAAAACUCAAGCGGGUGAGUUUAUUAAUGAACACUUAGAGAAAAUCAUAGAGAAAGUAUGUGAAAAAGUCGUGGCAUCCCUUGAUGCUAAAAUGGAUGCUAGGUUCGAAAAAUUCAAUCAGAAUAUCUCAAUAAUAACAGCAAAUUUAGGAAGUGUGGAGAAGAUAGUACAUAGAAAUGAAGAUGAUCUGCGUUUCUUACGUAGUACCAUUGACCAUAUGGAACGGAAAAAUUCACUGCGAAUAAAUGGAUUACCUGAGAAUGGCAGAAGAAAUCCCUUGGAGAUGACAAUUAGAUUCAUAAGGGAAACCCUCAAAGUAAAGUGUGAUCCUGUGGAUAUCAGUGAUGUUUUCAGAAUCGAAAAACCAUAUCAUAAAACUGGAGCAAGGACAACGCUGGUUAAGUUUGUAACAACAUUGAAGCGAACUGAGGUUUACCUCGCUAAGAAGAUGCUCAAAAAUAGUGGUAUCAGAUCUUUCCAAAGAGCGAUAUGA